AUGGAGGACCUGCUGGAUGAAUCCUUGGAAUAUGCUGCUGGCAGUGAUGAAUCCAAAUGGAGUUGCGGCGGUCUGCUGAUUCAAGACGACUUGGUUCAAGCGGCGAAGGUCGCAGCAAAAGCGGUAGCUUUUGGGAUCAGUUGGGGAGCGUGGAUCGUUGGGGCGUCGACUGAAAAGCACAGGAAAGGCAAACUCACUAUUGGAUGGCUCGAUGAUGUCGUGUUCGAGCAUGUACGCGAUGGUAGCCUGGAGUUCUCCUUCAAGAUGAAGGGGGAUGCGAUAUGGCCUGCAGUUGAUGGGCAAGGUCCCUGGCUUGAGCUGAAUGUCGUCGACGAGGACGUCGGCGAAUUCCUCAGAGAGGGCUUGAGCAAGGUGCAACAAGAACCAUUCCUCGUUAGGAUUGGCGACACGCAGAGCGUGAGCAUCGGGCACUUGAUGCUGAACUGGCAAGCUAAUCGGAGGGGCUCGUCGAGCUUUGGGGGAAUCGACGAACACUUCUCGGGUCCGCGGAACAGUCUCGGAGAGUCCCAGCUGCUGAAAAAGCUGCUGAGACAUGAUAUUGAUCGUCGCGCCGUGAUCGAGCAGGGCAACGGUCUGGUGAGCAUGAACUCGGGAAGAGCUGACGCUAACGGGGAGCCGAAUAAGAUCGGGUAA